GGCAAUCGAGCGGGCGAGGGACGCUUUUGCUCGCCGAAGAUCGAGUCCACACCGUGAUCGAGUCAUGACAGGUACAGAUGAGCUCGUAAUUACGGUCAACACAAUCAUUCUUGUGUGCUCACUACUUCUCCGUCGUCGGCGCUUCCAAAAAGCCAAGAAACGUAGAUGGUGGGUUCGACCAAGCUUGCGCUACCGAAAUCUGGAAGGACAGGCCAGUGCUUUGCUGCCUCGCCUGCGCGCCACAGACGAAAUUUACUUUCGAGACUUCCUGCGAAUGGCACCCAGCACAUUUGAUUCCUUGCUGGAACUCAUCCGUCCAGCGAUCGAACGUAAGGUGACGCCGUUCCGCGACCCGAUAUCAGCACACGACCGGCUUGUUAUCACCGUCAGAUUCCUUGCAAAUGGCGACACAUUCCGUAGUUCGUCUUUUAAUUUUUUGGUGGGCCGAUCAACAGCGGCUGGGAUUGUGAAGGAAACAUGCGCUGCAAUGUGGAACAUUCUGCAGCCCAUCUACGUGAAAUUUCCACAGGGGCCAACCGAAUGGAAAAAGAUUGCAGCAGAGAUAGAUUUACUCUGGAAUUUUCCUAAUUGUAUUGGUUGCAUUGAUGGAAAACAUGUCAACAUUGAGUGCCCCAGCAACUCAGGUGCAAGAAACCUGAACUAUAAGAAGACAUUUAGUACAGUUCUUAUGGCAGUAUGUGAUGCACGCUACAGCUUCACGUAUGUUGACAUCGGUCAUUAUGGCGGAGAGAGUGAUGGAGGGGUUUUUUCAAGGACGCCACUUUUCGGGGUUCUAGCUGACAGCGGAUAUGGCAUCCCUCCUCCUGCAAAUGUGGGCUCUGCAGGCCUGAUCCCCUACUUAAUGGUCGGGGAUGAGGCGUUUCCGCUGAAGCCCUUUCUCAUGAGGCCAUAUCCUGGGCGCGAGCUCCAAAGUUGCAGAAACAGGGAACCUGACCGGGAAGAGUACCUGAAAAUGGCCACCUUUAAUUACCGGCUGAGCCGUGCGAGACGGCUCAUAGAGAAUGCGUUUGGGAUCAUGGCCAGCAGGUGGCGAAUUCUACGAAGAGCAUUUCGAGCCUCGGAAGAAACCACAGAAAAUAUUGUGAAGGCGUGCGUGGCUUUGCACAACUUUCUGCUCAAGAAUUCUGCCAUGUCAAGGUCAGCGUACAAUCCUCCGGGUUAUGUGGACAGCGAGGACUGGCAGGGAAAUCUCACACAUGGGUCAUGGAGAAAUGACGACAGGGGGCUGCCGUUGAGGGACAUGGCGGGCCUGGGGUCCCACUCUCCCGGGACUGCUUUGGAAGUACGGGACCGACUGGCCACAUACUUCCUCAACGAGGGAAAGGUCCCGUGGCAAGAAAGAAUCGUAACUCGAGCGGGACAGCAGGAAACAACGUAAGUACCGGGAUGAUGGCACUUGGUCAGCAGGCCUCUUGGCUGAUCUGGGCAAACCAAAGGAAGCAAAUCAGCCAGGACGUACAAGAAUAUUGAAGACAUGAUUUUCUUACCG